UGGAACGUUACAAUAACAUUUUUAACCAUGACUCAAGUUGAAGGCUUCCCAGGAUUUAUCAAAACAAUCGGUGAUGGCGAGGAAGUCGAAGAUUUCUCGGAGGAAUCUGAUGAAGAAAUAGAGUAUCAACCAUCAAAGCAAAAAAGCAAGCAGAAGGCUGACUUCGACCCUAAGUUUAACUUUGUAUCUUCAGUAGAAGAGUACAAUAAGAACACAUGGGAUGACAUUCAGAAGUAUGUGAGAAGGAAUGUGAAGAGAACUAUUGAUGAGAAGAUAGCACGGCGGAGGGCCCAGGUGAAGGUGCACGGGAACGCUGAGGAUGUGGACACUGACUCCGAUGUUGAAGACAAAGAUGGUGAUGUGGAUGAGUUGGAGAUAUCAGAUGAUGAGCUCAAGAGAGACGAGAUUAAAACCAAGCAGAAGAAACUCACCAAGAAGGAUAAGCUAAAACAGGAUUUAGAGGACGCCGAAACAGAGGGCACUCGCAUAGAGUACGAUUCGGAUUUCUUCGAGGAGCCGCCUCCUUACGACGAGAAUGCGUCCUUCUACAUGAUGAAUUUGUCACGGCCACUACUCAAAGCUAUAGGCACUCUCAACUAUGUGCACCCUACGCCCAUACAGGCUAGCACUAUCCCUAUUGCUUUGUUAGGUAAAGACAUAUGCGCGUGCGCAGCGACAGGUACGGGCAAGACGGCCGCGUACAUGUUGCCGAUACUAGAGCGGCUGUUGUAUCGCGCGGCCAACAGCGACCGCGUCACCAGGGUGCUCGUGCUGGUGCCCACCAGGGAACUUGGGGCUCAGGUACAUGCUGUGACGAGACAGCUCGCGCAAUUCACGAGUGUGACAGUCGGACUGUCGGUUGGUGGUCUAGACGUCAAAUAUCAGGAGAGCGUGCUGCGUCAGAACCCGGACAUCGUGAUAGCGACACCAGGCCGGCUGAUCGACCACAUCCGGAACACUCCAUCUUUCGGACUCCACUCCAUUGAGGUUCUGGUGCUGGAUGAAGCUGAUAGGAUGCUGGACGAGUAUUUCGCAGAACAGAUGAAGGAGAUCAUCCGUCAGUGCUCACCGAAGCGGCAGACCAUGUUGUUCUCGGCCACCAUGAGCGAGGAGGUGAAGGACCUCGCCGCCGUGUCUCUCAACAAGCCCGUCAAACUGUUCGUCGACUCCAACAAGGAUGUCGCCUUCAAUCUCAGACAGGAGUUCGUUAGGAUCCGCAAAGAGCGUGAAUCGGAUCGGGAAGCCAUCCUAGCCGCUUUAGUAUGCCGCACGUUCCGCGAGCGAGCAGUCGUCUUUGUUCAGACCAAGAGGCAGGCGCAUCGGCUGCACGUCGCUCUUGGUCUACUGGGCAUUAAGGUAGCUGAACUGCACGGCGCCCUUAACCAGCCUCAACGCCUGGACUCGCUGAAGCGCUUCAAGGAAGAGCAGGCGGAUGUCUUGGUAGCGACAGACGUGGCUGCAAGAGGUCUCGACAUCCCGGGGGUGAAAACUGUCCUCAACUUCACCCUGCCAGCGACCCUGGAGCAUUACAUACACAGGGUGGGGCGCACGGCCCGCGCGGGCCGCGCCGGCGUGUCCGUGUCGCUGGCGGGGGAGGGGGAGCGCCAGCUGGUCAAGGCCAUCGUGCGCCGCGCGCGCAGGCCCGUGGCCGCCCGCCAGGUGCCGCCCGACAUCAUCGCCAAGUACCGCCAGCGGCUGCAGCGCCUCGAGCCAGAGAUCAAGGCGAUUCUAGACGAGGAAUACGCGGAGAAACAACUGAAUAAGAUGGAGAAACAGACGAGCAAACUGGAGGGCAACCUGAAGAAGGAAGGGGAGGGACCCAAGUAUGAGACGCAGAGGAGUCACGACUGGUUCCAGACGCCCAAGGAGAAGAGAGAGGAAAAGGAGAGGCUCGCGCUCACUCUGCAUGCUGGGAAAGAUAACAAACAGAAAGGCAAAGGCAUGAAGCGUAAACGCGAGGACGACGGGUCGGAUGACGAUACAGACAAGAAGAAGAAGAAACAGAGCAAACACAAGCCGAAGGAUACUCCUGAAGACCGGGUCAGGCGGGAGAUGGAGAAGGUCGCCCUGUUACAAUCACGAAUGGCGAAACGGAAGAAGAAACAAGGUCGUAUACGCGCUGUGGAUGACGACGAGGACAGACCUAAUAAACGCCAGAACACCGGUAAACCUAAGAAGAAACAGAGCAACUUCGCAACAGACCUCACAGAUACUUCUAGAAACGCCGCUAAGAGACUGCGGUACGACGCUAAUCAGGCACAGAAAGGCAAAUUCAACUUCGGCAAGAAAGGCAAAGGGCCUAAUAAGGGAAAAGCCCAGAAAGGAGGCAAGGGUAAAGCGUUCGGAAAGCCACAAGCGCCUAAACAAGGUGGCCGGAAGAAAAAGUAAAUGGUAAAAUUAUAGAGUAAUAAAUAAUUAUACGACAUUUA